AUGAAGCAAAAGUUGGUGAUCAAUGUAUCAAUGAACAAAGAAAAGUCACGGCCCAAGGCGAUGAAGAUAGUCGUCAGCGUCCACGGCGUUGACUCGGCGUCAUUGGCUGGGCCGGACAAGACUCAAAUCGAGGUCACCGGCGACGGAAUCGACUCGGUCGCACUCGUUACUCUGCUUCGGAAGAAAGUGGGAUUCUCUGAACUGAUGAGCGUCGGCCCUUUGGAAGAGAAGAAGCCGGAGGAAGAUUCUAAACCGACGGCCGCCGUAUGGUCCUACGAGUACGCCGCUGGCCCACCUCACUACGUCUACAAUAAUAAUUACCCUUAUCUCUGGAAUUAA